AUGGCGCACCAAGUGGCCGUCAAGUAUGGCAGUGCCGCGGAGCACAUGGGUAGCUGGGAAGUCGUGGUCGGCGACAUGGGCCACUUUUACCACGUCUGGCGCUACGCGGGCUACGAAGGCUUUGACAAGGUUUCACGGGAAUUUCGCUCGGAUCCCCUGCUGAUCGAGCACCAUGAGCACAUCGCACCCAUGCUGCAGCACCGCCGCAACUGGCUGACGCAGGCCUUUACAUUCUGGCAGAACACCGAUUGGGACUUGGGCGACGGCGUCUAUGAGCUGCGCACCUACCAGCUGCAGCCGGGGCACUUGCUGGAGUGGGAGCGCAUCUGGUACGUACGGUGA